GGUUCUUGGAAUUAAUUGUGUUACAGCGGGCAGUAUUGAUGGUCCUCCUGUGCUCCCUGCUGUUGCUGUCAAAGUGCUGCAAAAUCCUGCAGACAGGCAGGCUGCAUAGAAUGAAGACGGUGCUUUAGCUUUUACGGUAACUUCAAUUGCUCAAAACCAUAAGUCGAAAGAGGAAAAAAUAAUAAUAGAGACUUAACAGAAUGUUGAAUUGAAUGUGGGUUUUUAUUGAUUAUCUUCAGUUGAUUUCCCUGGUCAGAGAUGAAAGAUUUGAGAUCCUUCAUGGGUAAGUUGUACUUCAGAGUUUAGAGUUCAAAGCAACUUCUUUAAUUUAAUUUUGGAACAAGAGAAAAGAUUAAGUGAACUACUGCCUGCUGCUAUACUACAGUUGGUAGGCGUGGCUUGGAACAAGAAAGAAGGGAUUUUUCAUUUGCUUUUUACCAAUCUUUCUUUACUCAAAGAAAGAGUAGCUAGUGAUUGAAAGAGAAAGGUGGGUUUGGAGGUUGGAGUGGAAUCUACUACUAACCUCUGAAAUAGAACAUGGAUGCAUACGAAGCAACAAAGAUUGUUUUUCAAAGGAUCCAAUGCUUGGAUCCUGAAAAUGCCUCUAAAAUCAUGGGAAUUCUUCUGUUACAAGACCAUGGUGAGAAAGAAAUGAUCCGUUUAGCUUUUGGCCCUGAAUCUCUGGUUCAAUCUGUAAUUCUUAGAGCUAGGAAAGAUUUGGGUUUAGCGUCAUCAAAUACUCCUUCAACCCCUUCAAGUCAUUCUCCUUCACAUUUCAGCAACCCUUUAUCUCUCUCAAGGACUAAUUCUUCUUCUAGGCUUCUUGGUGGUGUGAAUUUUCCUUCUCCUCUAAGUAUGCCUAAACAGUCUUCGACUGCAGCUUCCUCUUGGGCUAAUUCCAGCUUCUCUGAUUUUAAAAUCCCGGAUGAUUUAAUCAGUCCUGGUUCUGCACCAGUUGCGUAUAAUGCAACCUCUCCAUCUGCUACGAAUUCUGCUGCGCCACCUUUUUAUGCAACUGGAGAGGUUGAUCUGAUUGAUGAGCUUCAUUUACAAGACCACCUCUCUUUCCUCAACGAUGGCUCUCCAUCACUGAUGCAUAAAAGCCCUGAUGUGUUCUACACACAGCAAGAUUUGGGCUCAAGUCCAAGUGGAAAUGGAGACGAAGAAGGGCUGUUCUUCCCUUCUUUCGGUGGUGCCGCUGAGAACUGGGGUGAAGACUCAGUCAACGGCUUUCCUCACCGCCGCAGCUGCUCAGCUAGUGAUAUCUGCUUUGGUCCUGAUGAUCUUGGUGGAGGGUUUGGAUGGAAACCUUGUCUUUACUUUGCUAGAGGGUACUGCAAGAAUGGCACCAGUUGCAGGUUCGUCCAUGGUGAGAACGGGGUGGAUGGUGCCGCUAUGGUUGGCUCACCAAGCCAGUUUGAGAUGGAGCAGUGCCAAGAGUUGCUUAGAUCCAAGUUUGUGCCACAACAAAGGCUGGCCGCAGCCUCUUCACUCGUGGCUUCUACUAAUUUUCCUUACUCCCCAGUGGCCACAAACAGAGGCAUGGAUUUUCUUCUCCAGCAGCAACUGCAAGCUGAGAGCCCAAGAGCCUUUAUGGGUGAUGAUAUGCACAAAUUUAGUCGGUCUCGGCUUGAAAGAGGUGAUUUUGGUAUGAUAAAUCCUGGUUCGAGGCAGAUUUACUUGACAUUUCCAGCUGAUAGUACUUUCAAGGAAGAAGAUGUGUCCAAUUAUUUCAGUAUUUACGGGCUGGUUCAAGAUGUGAGGAUUCCAUAUCAGCAGAAACGAAUGUUUGGUUUUGUCACGUUUGUUUAUCCAGAGACUGUAAAGCUCAUUCUUGCUAAGGGCAAUCCACACUUUGUGUGUGAUGCUCGGGUACUUGUCAAGCCGUACAAGGAGAAGGGCAAAAUCCCCGACAAAUACCGAAAACAGCCACAGAUGGAGAGGGGAGAGUACACUGGAAAUAGUAGCCCUACCGGCCUCGAGUCGAGAGAUUUGUAUGAUCUUCAGCUUGGCGUGAGGAUGUUCUACAACAACCCUGACAUGCUAUGGAGAAGAAAAUUAGAGGAGCAAGCAGAUUUGCAGCAAGCCAUUGAGCUCCAAAAUAGGAGACUCAUGAGUUUACAACUUCUUGACAUGAAGAGGACUAGCCACCACCAAACUCUCUCGACUGGUGGCGUUAUUUCAUCGCAGACACACUCCCCGAGUUUUUCGAACCAAAAUAACAUCCUAUCUGGUGACCGCAGCAGUCCGGAGUCUAAACAAGAGAAGCAAUCUUUUCCUCUCAAGGAUGAAAAUAGCAAAGACACAGCAAAUCCCAAUAAAGAAAAUGAUUUGCAAGAAAGUUUGGAACACAACCUCCCCGAUAGUCCGUUUGCAUCUCCAAAUGCUGCCGGAGAUUAUCCAACAGCUUUCUCUAUGGAGCCUGAAGAGGCGGAUAAGGUCACUUUGAUUUCAGCAUCAUCUCCUGCUGACAAUAGUUUGAUUGGUUCAUCCUUAUUUCCUGCUGGUUCUUCAUUAGACAUGGCUCCAUACAAAUCAUGUUACUUUCAAGUACCUAGGUUUGCUUCUGGUCAUGAGACCAUUGGAAUGUAGGCCUAGAAUCUUGUCUUUUCUUUUAGCUUCCAGGAUGAAGAUUGAUUGAUCUGUAGUAACCACCAAAAAUCAAACCAGCAGCAUUAGUUACAAAGACUAUACCUACUUACAAUCAUACAAAUGCAUACUUAAAAGGCAGUAAAGGAAGUGGGACAGCCAUCCAUUUUCUCUUUAAUUAAUUCUACUCCCUGUAAUUUCUUAUGUGUUGUCGGACCACAGGUAAAACAGGAAAUAGUUACAGUGAAUUCAAAGAAAAAUCAAUGUGUAGAAGUAAAUUUCAAGGUCUGUAAUUUCUUCCCCUUUCUCACCACUGAUGGCUAUUCCCCAUUGUAUAAUCCUACAAAGAAAUUAGGAAAGUCCAUAUGGGUAUCUUUCUUAAUUUUGUAUAGCAUAUGCAAUCAGGAGCAGACCCACAUGGGGUCAUUUAGGAUCUUUUUUCCCCCCUAGAAAAUGAUUAUUUUGACCCGUUUAAGACCUAUUUUGAUAUACUCAUUUCGUGAUGUCAAAUGAAAUCGAAACAUUACAUUUUUAAUAU